CCAUAUCAUAUUUCCAUUUCUUUCUCUUCCUUCCCUUUAAUUUGAUUUUCCAAGAAAACCAGUCUCUCUUUCUAAUCUUAUUUAGUUCUUUAAAGGGUAUUUUUUUUAUCAAGAAUUGGUCAUGGCAUUUGAAGAUCAAUAUCAGCAAUCUAUUGUGCCAAAAUAUGACACUCUUCUCUUUGAUGUUGAUGAUACCCUUUAUCCCUUAAGUACUGGUUUCUCAAAGGAAGUUACCAAGAACAUUCAAGAAUAUAUGGUUCAGAAGCUUGGUAUGCAAGAAAAUAAAGUUGCUGCAUUAAAUCAAGUCUUGUACAGGAACUACGGAACUUCAAUGGCAGGUCUCAAGGCUAUUGGUUAUGAUUUUGACAAUGAUGAUUAUCACAGUUUUGUUCAUUGGAGAUUACCUUAUGAGAAGCUAAAGCCUGACCAUUUUCUGAGGAGUCUUUUGCUUAGCUUGCCAGUCCGCAGAGUGAUUUUCUCAAAUGCUGACGAAAUCCAUGUGGCUAAGACUCUAAGCAAGCUUGGAUUGGAAGACUGUUUUGAGAGCAUUGUUUGCUUUGAGACCAUUAACCCUAAUCAUAAAACCAGUACCUGUAAUGAUCAAAGUGAAGUUAAAUUUGGAAGUGAAAUGCUUGAAAAUUUUGAGAUUGGUUCAGUACUUCCUAAGACUCCAAUUGUCUGCAAACCUUUUGAAAAUGCAUUUGAGCAGGCCUUUAAGUUGGCUAACAUCAAUCCUCAAAGAACAGUAUUUUUUGAUGAUAGCAUCCGAAACAUACAGACAGGGAAGCGAAUGGGACUUAAGACUGUGUUGGUUGGGAGUUCGAACCGGGUUUCCGGGGCAGAUCAUGUUCUUGAGAGCAUCCACAACCUUAAAGAAGCAUUGCCAGAACUAUGGGAAGCGACUGAGAAGACUAAAACAAGAAAGUAUGCAGGAAAGGUUGCCAUUGAGACUUCUGUUACAGCCUAACUUAUCAUUGUAUAUGUAAACAAUUCUGCAGGGAAAUUUUUUGUCCCUACUUAUGAUCAUCAAUAAAGGGUUUCAUUUUUUCUUUUCUUUUAAA